AGUUGCAUUGUUUCUGUACCCGCUGUGCAUUACUGUGUGGAUCUUUAUUAAACUGUGUUUUGGAUAUUAUAUUUUUUUCAACAUAUACGUGCAAACUUUUUAAAAAUGAUAUAUGUUCAAACAUAUAUAAUUGGGGUGAUAUGUGCAAAUGGUGAAAAUUUCCAGUGAUAAAUAUCUGUGGGCAAAAUGUCAUUACUCACUAUCAGGAACAGUAGAGUUCAAUUGUUGGAUUCUGGAAGAAAAAGUCUUAACUUUCUCCGUAGGGGAAUUGAAUUUGAAUGUUUGCAUAUAAACGUUUAAAGAUAAACCUACUGUGAGCUAUGAGGAUGCCAACUGAUGGAAUAUGUUUCAGCCUUUUUUUUUUUUUUUUUGAAAGAAUAAACGUUCAGUAGUGAAAUUUCUGAUUAUAAACUAUAUUUCCCAUGCAACCUCCACCAAUCAGAAAAUCAUUAUAAGCAAAAGAGCACCUCAGUGGACACACACUUAUAUGAAGGUCUACUACAAAUGACAUUGUUUCCCUAUGCUUAGUGUGGUGUGUGUAUAUGGGCAGCUGAAAAAGUGAAAAACUUGACACACGUAUAAAUUCUCCUCCACCUUCACAUCUGUUGUAAUAAUUUUAAUUUAUAUUUUAACUUUGCAGUUUAAAUAAACCAUACAUGUCACAAACUUCAAACAGGACAUCUUGCUUUAUUAAUAUUAAUUUAGAAUGUCUUAAAUAACAAACUUUAACAACAUAUGGGCAGAUCCCUUUAGCGCAGCUGAUGACACUUUGAAGUGAUGCUAAAGGAAGUGAGGAUAUUUCAUUUCACUUGAUUUAAAUCCUCAAUCCUUGCGUCCUUCCCUCGCCUCCUGAAGGGGUGGAGCUAAGAUGCGAGGAAAGGAAGUGAGGAAAGGAAAUGAGGAUGCACAAAUAAGAAUUGAAAAGCACCCUAUGCUGCUCUGCCAAUCAAAUUCAAAGACCAGAACUACUGUAACUGUUGUAUAAAUAUAAAAAAUCUUUGUUUUUACUAUUUAUUCAUGUUACUAAGUGUCCCUUUUAUUUAUUUAUUUUUUUCAGGAAUGUCCAGCAUUCAUCAGAACACUGUGUGGUGAAUCAAAAAUCAAACACUAGCUACUUUAAUUUACUUUCAUGGUCUGUGUUUUUAUUCAUCCAUCACAUAAUGAACAGGACAUACAUUUACUGGAGGAAGGAAAAAAGGAAUCUUCAUCUCUCCAAAUAGACCCAUAUAUGAUCAGCAAUGCGGGUGGACUUCCCAGCUCCUUUCCCGCUCAAGAAUGUUUUGGUCUGUCUGACACUCUUUGCAUAUUGUCUGUUGAUUUCAUCAACUAAGGGAAGAACAUUUUAAAAUCUUUUUGACAGAAGGGGCGAUUGACGAAACUAGUGGAAAUUCCAAAACCUGACACUCUGCCAACGUCUACCUUGCCCCAUGAAGACCGCUUCAGAAACCAACUGAAGCAAUGAGGUUUCAUCUGAAGUUUUACUUGCACUACCUGGUUCUGCUGGGUUUCAGCAGUGUAAUUUCGAUCUAUGGCCCACACCAAAGGGCCCAGAAAACAGGUGACAUACUGCUAGGGGGGCUUUUCCCAAUACACUUUGGAGUGGCAUCCAAAGACCAGGAUCUUGCAGCGAGGCCAAUGUCAACUGAGUGUGUCAGAUAUAAUUUUCGUGGAUUCCGUUGGCUGCAAUCUAUGAUCUUUGCUAUAGAGGAAAUCAACAACAGCUCUACUCUUCUGCCAAACAUCACACUUGGCUACCGUAUAUUUGACACAUGUAACACUGUCUCGAAAGGCCUGGAGGCGUCGCUAAGCUUUGUUGCACAGAAUAAGAUUGAUUCACUCAACUUGGAUGAGUUCUGUAACUGCAAAGGGAACAUUCCCUCAACCAUUGCAGUGGUUGGGGCAUCUGGAUCUGCAGUAUCUACAGCAGUGGCUGACCUUCUGGGCCUCUUCUACAUUCCUCAGAUCAGCUAUGCUUCAUCCAGUCGACUUCUGAGCAACAAGAAUCAGUACAAAUCCUUCAUGAGAACUAUCCCCACAGAUGAGUAUCAGGCUAUUGCUAUGGCUGCUAUCAUUGACCACUUCCAGUGGAACUGGGUAAUUGCUAUUGCCUCUGACGAUGAAUAUGGCCGUCCAGGUAUUGAAAAGUUUGAAAAUGAAAUGUUUCAUAGGGACAUCUGCAUUGAUCUAAAUGUUUUAAUUUCACAAUAUAUCGAUGAAGCUGAGAUUCGACGCCUAGCAGACCGCAUUGAAAACUCAACUGCUAAAGUCAUUGCCGUGUUUGCUAGUGGACCAGAUAUCGAGCCACUUAUUAAAGAGAUGGUGAGGCGAAAUGUCACAGACCGUAUCUGGUUGGCAAGUGAGGCGUGGGCCAGCUCUAGCCUGGUUGCCAAGCCAGAGUACCUUGAUGUCAUGGGAGGAACUAUUGGCUUCGCACUGAGAGCUGGUCAUAUACCUGGCUUUAAAGAGUUCUUACAGCAAGUGCACCCAAAGAAGUCCAGCCACAAUGAGUUUGUGAGAGAAUUUUGGGAGGAGACUUUUAACUGUUACCUAAAAGAUAGUCCAAGGAAUGAGGACAGUGAAAAUGGCAGUACAAGUUUCAGACCACUGUGCACUGGUGAAGAAGAUAUUGCAAGUGUGGAGACGCCGUACCUGGACUACACACACCUAAGGAUUUCUUAUAACGUGUAUGUGGCUGUUUAUGCCAUAGCACAGGCACUUCAGGACAUACUAACCUGCACACCUGGAAAAGGAUUGUUUGCUAAUGGUUCUUGUGCAGACAUUAGGAAAGUUGAAGCUUGGCAGGUGGUUCUGAAACAACUGAGACACCUCAACUUUAUAAACAGCAUAGGGGAGAAGGUGUGCUUUGACAAUGGCAGUGAGCUCUCAGCAAAUUAUACGAUCAUAAACUGGCAUCGAUCAUCUGAGGAUGGUUCUGUUGUAUUUAAGGAGGUUGGUUAUUACAGCAUACAUAACAAGAAUGGGGCCAAACUUUCCAUUGAAAAGACUAAGAUACUGUGGAACGGCCAUCUAACUGAGGUACCAUUUUCCAACUGUAGUGAGGAGUGUGAACCUGGAACCAGAAAAGGGAUUAUUGAUGGCAAGCCCACAUGCUGCUUCGAGUGUACAGAGUGCUCGGAUGGGGAGUUCAGUGAUCAUAAAGAUGCCAGCGUUUGCUCUAAAUGCCCAAAUAACUCCUGGUCUAAUGGCAAUCACACAUCCUGCUUUCUGAAGGAGAUUGAGUUUCUGUCCUGGACUGAACCAUUUGGGAUUGCUUUGGCCUUAUUUGCAGUUCUUGGGGUUCUGUUAACAGCUUUUGUGUUGGGUGUUUUUGUGCAAUUCCUUGUUGACUGAAUUGUUUGGGAUUGGUUUGGAGUUAUUUGAUUUCUUUUGCUUUUCUCACUGAUCUGUUGUUUCUCUAGCUCUCUUAUAUUCAUAGGUGAACCACAAGACUGGACGUGUCGUGUACGGCAACCAGCUUUUGGAAUCAGCUUUGUUUUAUGCAUCUCUUGCAUUCUAAUUAAAACCAAUCGUGUCCUACUGGUAUUUGAAGCCAAAAUCCCCACCAGUCUCCACCGUAAAUGGUGGGGACUGAACCUGCAGUUCUUACUGGUGUUCCUGUUCACAUUUGUGCAGGUGAUGAUCUGUGUGGUUUGGUUGUACAAUGCCCCACCAGGGAGUUACAAGAACUAUGACAUUGAUGAGAUCAUCUUUAUCACCUGUAACGAGGGCUCCAUGAUGGCAUUGGGGUUCCUUAUCGGGUAUACAUGCCUGCUGGCAGCUGUUUGUUUCUUCUUCGCAUUCAAGUCUCGGAAACUUCCUGAAAACUUCACAGAGGCCAAGUUCAUAACAUUUAGCAUGCUGAUUUUUUUCAUUGUUUGGAUCUCCUUCAUCCCUGCAUAUUUCAGCACGUAUGGCAAAUUUGUCUCAGCGGUUGAGGUCAUUGCCAUUCUGGCCUCCAGCUUUAGUUUGCUAGCCUGUAUCUUUUUCAACAAGGUGUACAUCAUUCUCCUAAAACCAUCCAGGAACACAAUUGAGGAGGUACGGUGUAGCACAGCAGCUCAUUCUUUUAAAGCAGCAGCAAAAGCGACACUACGACACAGUUCUGCCUCCAGGAAGAGAUCAAGCAGUGUGGGUGGGUCCUCUGCCUCCUCGCCCUCUUCCUCAAUCAGCAUGAAGACCAAUGGGAAUGAAACAGAGUCCUCCUCUACACGGAGACAUAGUCAGAAACCAAGGGUGAGCUUUGGAAGUGGAACAGUCAGUCUCUCCUUAAGCUUUGAGGAAGCUAGAAAGAACUUGGUCAAAUGAGUCCACAAACUGGUUUGUGAAUGAUUGUACUUCCACUGUAAUGUAAAUCUUGUUUUUUAUUAAAGGAUAUGGUUGGUUUUGGUGUCACGGUGGAGGUAUCACAUUUCCAUUAUUUUCUCCAAAGCAACCGCACUGAAUAUGAGAACAGGCAGAACCCCUCCCAGUCUUCAGGCACAGACUAAUCUCUGUCAACAAAACUUAGACCUGCUAUAACUCACUGACACAAGAGUCAUUUGUGUGCGAGCCAUUUGUUUACCACAGCAUUCAUUCAUAGGCACUCUUUAUGUCACUCUGUUGAAGGCAUCUGCAAAAUGUCUUAAAUGUAACAGUAGCAGAUAAAUAAAACAAAAACACUUGAUUUAUGUCUAAUGUGUUUUCUAGUCCCUUGAAAAUAGUUUUACUAGUUCGGAGAAGAGCUUGCAAGCAAAAAGGGAAAGUGACAGAGCCUGUAAUACAACUUGUAUCUAUAUCAGACUGCUGUUUUGAUGUGGUGACAACUCCAAGACUGCAAAGGAUUUUAAAUGGAUCAAGAGAUGACCUUUCUUGCCCAAGAAGCAGGUAAGAUACCUGUUGAUUACAAGUUCUACACAGGCCCUUUUAACUGGAAGCUCUUUUUUGAACAAAGUUUCUUUUCUUUAACCACGGAUGACUCCUCACACGACUGCCUUUUUGAAUUAUCCAUUGUCAACAGUAUUGCUCAUAAUAUGGCUACAAACUGUCAGAACUAACACACCCUUCACUGCACAACACAUGCACUGUAAUAGUGUGACCUUCUUCUCAUUUGAAGUAACUUAAACCAUGCAAAGACAAAUGAUGUAAAAAUUUACAUUUUCCACUAAGUCUGAUGCAACAACUUAAACUUUAAAUAAUUAUUACAAGGAGACAGUUUGAAAACUGACUUUUUACAUAAUUUGUCAUCUAUUGUUUUU